CGAGUCGUACGCUUAGUCGGACGGCAGGCUGUAUGUAUUUGUAUUGUAGAAUAGAUGUGCAGCCACUGUGUAAUCUUUUGCUUACACGCAAGUGCGGCCUGCUGGGGACUAUACACAUAUGGAGGUGAAGGUGCAUUUAUUUUGUGUGGAGUUUUGAAAUGCAAGGGACGGUAGAGGCGGGCAGUAAUGCGAAGAUAGCUUAAGAUCUAAUCAGUAAACUUCUUCAGCAAAAGACCAGAAUUCAACAUGCCGCAGGCUCAGGUGAACACUUUCGGACCCGUGGACUACGUGGUGUUUGCUGGGACUUUGGUUGUCUCUGCCAGCAUAGGUAUAUACCAGGCGUUCACCGGCGGACGUCAGAAAACAACAGAUGAAUUUUUGAUGGCCAACAGAAAGAUGGGGGCAAUACCCGCAGCCAUGUCUUUGCUGGCCAGUUUCAUGUCCGCCAUAACAUUGCUAGGGACUCCGAAAGAGAUGUACGUUUACGGGACUCAGUAUUUGUGGAUAGCCUUUGGUUAUGUUUUAGUCAUGCCUGUUGCUGCGCACAUAUUUCUACCAAUAUUCUUCCGAUUAAGAGUAACCAGUGCUUACGAGUAUCUCGAGAUGCGUUUCAACAAAGCGGUGCGUGUAGCCGGAUCUCUCACUUUCAGCCUACAGAUGAUCCUAUAUAUGGCAAUAGUUUUAUACGCACCGUCUUUAGCAUUAGAACAAGUGACUGGUUUGAAUCGCUGGAUUGCCGUUGCUUCAGUUGGCGUCGUCUGCGUCUUCUAUACCAGUAUUGGCGGGAUCAAAGCUGUAAUGUGGACAGACACAUUCCAAGUCUGUAUGAUGUUUGCCGGACUGCUAGCUGUGCUCAUCCAGGGAUCCAUAGGAGUCGGAGGAUUCGAGAACGCUUGGAGAAUUAACAUUGAAGGAGAGAGAAUAAAUUUCCUCGAUUUUAACCCAGAUCCCCGUGAGCGGCAUACAGUGUGGACGUGUGUAUUUGGCGGGUUCUUUACCUGGUUGGCUGUGUACGGUGUUAACCAGGCUCAGGUACAGAGAGCACUCACAGUGGUCGACCUCAGGAGAGCCCAGAUAGCCAUGUGGAUAAACGUGCCAGGUCUGAUCGCCAUUUUGAUCAUCAGCGCCAUGUCCGGUAUACUGAUCUAUGCCCACUACUUCGACUGUGACCCAAUGACAAAUAAAGACAUUUCUAAUUUAGAUCAGUUACUGCCGCUGUUCGUGAUGGAUAAACUGGCCUUCGUGCCUGGUUUACCUGGCCUUUUCACUGCCUGCCUCUUCAGCGGAGCGCUCAGCACCUUAUCGUCUGGUCUGAACAGUUUGGCAACAGUCUGCACGCGUGAUCUGUUCCAGGAAUUCUGCUGUAAACAUAUGUCCGACAGUAGAGCGACUUUGACGUCUAAAAUCAUGUCUUUGGUAUUCGGUUGUAUCGUAAUCGGCUUGACAUUCGUGGCGUCUCAGUUAGGGGGUGUGCUGCAGGCUGCUCUUGCGUUGUUUGGUAUGAUCGGUGGUCCUCUACUAGGAGUGUUUACUCUGGGAGUUCUUUUUCCUUGGGCUAACUGGAAGGGUGCGAUAACCGGUCUUGUCACCAGUCUUCUCCUCACCUUCUGGAUCGGUAUCGGCGCCCAGAUCUACAAACCCGCCGUCUGGAAAGCGCCUGUAUCCAUCUUAGGUUGUAAUGCUGUGAAUGAAACGGUUUCCAAUAUGACAACUGCUGUUAUGAUCAAUGUGACACCUAUGACCACGGCAGCACCUUAUGAUCCCCCGCUGAAUGGCCUGUACAACUUGUCGUACCUGUGGUACAGUGGUUUUGGAGUACUGGUGGUUGUGGUGGUUGGAAUGGUUGUCAGCGCCAUUACAGGGUUCACUGACACGACCAUGUUAGACUACAGGCUGAUAUGUCCAAUAUUUGAUGUCAUGUUUUGCUGCUUUCCAAAGUCUUUUCGUCAAGCGCUUCGCUGUGGAGUACACCAUGAUACGACCAAAUUUCAUUAUUGCUGUGUAUGUAAAGACGUGGACAAAGAAGACAUCUCAGCUGAAGCUAUCACCGCUGCCGAACUUGGUGAAACUAAAGAUGACGGUUUUGACAAUGAAGCCAUGAAAACGAAAGAGCUGGAGGCCAAUCAGACUAAUGGAAUAAAAAAUGACAAUGCUUUAGAUUUAAAGAAAGAGACCCAAAUAUAAUCUGAUCAUCAAAGCCGUACUUAUUUUGGAUAAGAAUUUCACGUGACGUUACAUUUUUUCAAUCAGCAGCUGAUAUUGAAAUUGUUAACCUCCAAUAUUUCUUGAUGAAGAUGCUCUAGACAGACAUCAAAAUAUAGACAAGGUAAACAAAUUUUAUAUUAGCUGUUGUUUGAAGAAAAUUACUUUACUCCUACUUACCGUGGUAUAUUGAAUAUAAUGCAUUCAAAUUUAUCUCAGGGUAAUCUCUCAAGGCUCAGGUAGACAGUAAAACAACUGUCCACAAUGCAUGCGCAUACUUUGUAUAUUAUGAUUUAAAGAUAUUCGUAUAACCAAACACCAGUGUUACUCAGAGACGAUCAUAUAGUGCAUGUACAUGUAUAACCGACCAAGUUUGUUAUGUUAGUAUAGUGCAUUGGAGAUCGCUUUUAUUUGAUGAGGCAGUUAACGAAACAAUUACGUAUAUUGAAUACAUUAAGUGUGCUAUAAAGAAAUUUUAUUACUUCAUUAUUUUAUGGCACACUUGGAGAGUUGAAAACGUAAGAGUAAACACGCAUCUAUUUAUUUUUGUUAGUAAAUAAGAAGAUUGUUAGCAUUACAAACAUCACCAAUGAUCGUGUGAAAAACGUAAGCCGUACUUCUUUUUUUUAACAUGAAAAACAAAAUUCAAUCAUUUCAUGAUUGUGCAACUUCUCUGAACAUAUUGAAAACGCGAAGCACGGACUUUGUUGCAAGAUGAUCAUAAA